CAAAUGAGUAAAGUGGUUGGACUGUUGGAACCCUAACCGGAUCUAACAAGCAAAAUACAAAUCAGACCAUGUUUUUUAGAUCAAGGCAAUGAUUUGAAUAGGCGAUAGAAAAGAAAGUAAUUUCUUGAAAUUUAGGGUUUUGAUCUUCUCAUAUUUACUUUCCCGUUGUCCCAGUGAAAGCUUCUACUCUCCGCCCGCCGUCUCUUCUCCACAGUCUUGUAGGCGGAUGAUUUAACAAAAUUUCCGCAGAAAACAUGGGAGAUGGGUUAUGGAAUACGCAGGAGUCGACACAUCCAUCGACCGGCUUGCUCAAGCGGCAUCGCUCCGACUAUUCAUCUUCAGCAAUGCCAUCAGCUCAUGAGAACCAGGGGUACUUGUCUCAGCAUGUGGAUUUGGCGGGUCCCCGGGUUAUAAAGGAAACAAACGACAUUGGUUCUGCAUAUGAUCGUUAUCUUCAAAAUGCGCAACUAAGUUCCUUAGGCACAAGGGAAGUCAACAGGAUGGCUGGAGCUGGCCUAAAAGCCUUUGAUGGUGGAUUGUCUGGUCCUACAUAUACUGAUCCUAUUCCAAUGGAAAGACAUGGAAUUGCUGGUACACGUUUAGUAUCGAAUAGUCUUCCCAUGGGUUUGGAUAUUCAGAUUCCUGUCGGUGCUAUGGCUAGGUCAGGACAUGAGACAUUACCUCUUCCUCUGGUUGAUUCAGUGCCUAGGUCAAGCCGUGAGAGAUUACCACUUCCUCCAGAUGCUACAAGUACUUUGUAUGUGGAAGGGCUUCCGUCAGACUGCAAAAAGAGAGAAGUAGCUCAUAUUUUCCGUCCCUUCGUGGGUUAUAAAGAAGUAAGGCUCGUGGUGAAGGAAUCCAAACAUCGUGAUGGAGAUCCUGUUGUCCUUUGUUUUGUGGAUUUCAUUGAUCCGGCAUGUGCUGCAACUGCACUAAGUGCACUGCAGGGUUAUAAGAAUGACGAAGAUGAUUCUGAUUCUGCUUACCUGCGGAUACAGUUCUCAAGACACCCAGGCGCCAGAUCCGGAACUGGACCUCGUGGGAGAAGAUGAUGAUGACAGGAAGACUUUGUCGAUAGAGUUGGUGCAGACAAUGACACAUCCGGGUCCUUGAAUUGAUACCCAUUUUCUGGAAGACUUUGUUGAUAAAGUUGGUGCAGACGAUGACACCUCCUGGUCUUGUUUGGUUAACUGUUCAUUUUUUCGUUUAAGUUAUAAGUAUAGAAAAUUUAAAGAACAAGAUGAAGAAGAUGAUUUGUAUUGAGUUCUAUAAUGGUUGAUUUAUUAUAUUAAAAAGAAGUUUGAGAUGUAAUUGAAAUC